AUGAACGAAGAGGUUGCAGGGAAACCGAUAUCUCCACAGAUUUCGAAUACCCAACUUCCUUCAGUAUCCGAACCAGUUGCGCCUAUGCUCGUUGACGAUCUGGGCUACUCGCUAGAUCGUCCACUCAACGCGAUAGACGCUCUCAGCUAUCUUGAUGCUGUCAAGGUUCAAUUUUCCGAACAACCCGAUGUCUACAAUCACUUUUUGGAUAUAAUGAAGGAGUUCAAAAAUGAAAUUGACACUCCCGGAGUUAUCAAGCGCGUUUCUCAUCUAUUCAACGGUCAUCCGUCCCUUAUUCAAGGCUUCAAUACCUUUCUUCCUGUCGGAUAUCGCAUUGAAUGCUCGACAGACGCACACGAUUUAUUACAGUCACCACUCCUAGUGGUACCACGAUGCAGACUACGAAUAACGGACCGGGAAAAGGGCCCAUUUUUUGGUCAACCUCAGCGACUUCGGGAGGUCUGUAGCGGCAGGAUGGUGGGAUUGACUACGGAAGAGGUUUCACGCCAAAUCGCAAAACUUUUCAAGAACGCUUGUGACCUUAGAGCCGAUUUUCGCGUUUUCAUGCCGGAUAGAAGCCAACAGUUGAUGGAUGACGGCCCUGCGCGUCCGCGGCCGGGGACUCCUUCAGACAAGAAUAGACGCAAAUUGGAUAUUGUCGCAAAUUCAUCGAGCACAGCAUUGUCACAGAAGAGAAAACGGAAAGUCCCUGAAAAGGAGGAAGAAAGAAAACCCAAACAUUCUAACUCGCAAGAUUUGACCCCGCUGUCAUACAAUCCGAAGCACAUCAUUGCCGGCCCAUCCUCGCCCCGUCGAACCGUUACCCACAACCAACCACCCCCAGUACCUAUGCGAGCGCCUCCAGUCAAUGACGACACACGCUUCUUUGACCGUGUCAAGAGGGCAUUGGAUAACGGAGAUAUAUACAACGAGUUCCUCAAGUUUAAAGAGAUUCUUGGGUGGGACGAGAGGAAAGAAAAGGAACACUUCUUGGCAGAACAACAAUCGCAGAGCAAUUGGAAGAAACCUGCUGUUACCGGUUUUCAACAACGACCUGGACGCAUUGACUUGGGCGAGAAGUAUGGAAGCUAUCGCAAGGUUUCUGAAAAAGAAGCGAACGUGCCAUGCUCAGGUCGCGAUGAUAUGUGCCGUUCGGUUCUGAAUGACGAAUGGAUCUCCCAUCCUACUUGGUCAAGUGAAGACCCCUCCAUAAUUCCUCAUAAAAAGAACAUCUACGAAGAAGCCCUACACCGAACGUCAUGA